AUGGCUUCACGACCAGAAUUAAAGCUCGAUGACGAAGGCGGUUUCAUUCGCUUCUUCAAGUCAUUGCCAGCCGUCAACGAAGACACCAUUCGCAUCUUCGAUCGAGGAGAUUGGUACACUUCUCACGGACAAGAUGCCAAUUAUAUUGCAAAAACUGUCUACAAGACAACCUCUGUUGUACGACAGCUCGGCCGAAAUGAUCACACCGGACUCCCCUCCGUCACCAUGACUAUGACAGUUUUCCGACAAUUUCUUCGAGAAGCCUUACUUAAACUAGGCAAGCGAAUAGAAAUUUGGCAGAGCGCUUCCGGUCGCAUGAAUUGGAAGUGCAUCAAGCAGGCUUCGCCGGGUAAUCUACAGGAUGUAGAGGACGACCUUGGAGGCCAGAUCGAGUCUGCGCCCAUGAUUAUCGCCGUAAAGAUCUCUGCAAAGGCUUCUGAAGCCCGAAACGUCGGUGUCUGCUUUGCUGACGCCAGUGUGCGCGAACUUGGUGUGAGCGAGUUCCUCGACAACGACCUAUACUCAAACUUUGAGGCUCUCCUUAUCCAGCUCGGCGUCCGCGAAUGCUUGGUGCAGGUAGACAAAAGUGAAAAGGAGAAGGACCCCGAACUGGCGAAGUUAAAGAAGAUUAUCGACAAUUGCGGCGUGGCUAUUGCAGAGAGGCCGGCUGGCGACUUUGGUAUCCGGGACAUUGAGCAGGACCUAGCGCGUCUGCUUAAAGACGAGCGAUCGGCAUCUCUUCUACCACAGACCGAUCUCAAGCUGGCCAUGGGAUCUGCUGCAUCCCUUAUCAAGUACCUCGGUGUGCUUCAGGACCCUUCCAACUUUGGCCAGUACCAAUUGUAUCAACACGACCUGGCGCAUUUCAUGAAGCUGGACGCUGCUGCCCUGAAGGCACUUAACCUCAUGCCAGGUCCUCGAGAUGGAUCCAAGACGAUGAGCAUAUUUGGUGUUCUUAACCAUUGCAAGACGCCUGUCGGGAGUCGACUCUUGGCUCAAUGGCUGAAGCAGCCUUUGAUGAGCAAGCAGGAGAUCGAGAAGCGGCAGCAGCUGGUGGAAGCCUUCUACGUUGACACUGAACUUCGCCAGACACUACAGGAGGAGCACCUCCGAUCUAUCCCCGACCUUUACAGGCUCUCGAAGCGAUUCCAGCGAGGUAAGGCCAAUCUGGAAGAUGUUGUUCGUGCAUACCAGGUCGUCAUUCGCCUGCCUGGAUUCAUCGGCACUUUUGAGGGUGUCAUGGAUGAGAACUACAAGGACCCUCUUGACGAGGCAUAUACUAACAAGCUUCGCGACCUUUCUGAUAGCUUGGGUAAGUUGCAGGACAUGGUAGAGCAGACGGUUGAUCUCGAUGCUCUCGACCGUCACGAGUACAUCAUCAAGGCCGAUUUCGACAAGAGCCUGCGUAUCAUCCGCAAGAAGCUGGACCAGCUUGAUAAGGAUAUUCGAGCCGAGUUCACGACUUCCGCUAAGGACCUCGGCCAAGAACCCGACAAGAAGAUCUACCUCGAAACUAGCCACAAGGUCCACGGAGUGUGCAUGCGUCUUACACGUCAAGAGGCUGGCUGCAUCCGAAACAACUCUAAGUAUCAGGAGUGCUCGACGCAGAAGAACGGUGUCUACUUCACAACGAAGAAGUUGCAGGCCUACCGCCGCGAGUAUGAUCAGCUGUCCCAGAACUACAACAGGACACAAAGCAGUCUUGUUCAUGAAGUUGUUCAGGUUGCCUCCUCUUACUGCCCCGUGCUAGAGCGUCUGGCUGGUGUUCUUGCUCACCUGGACGUCAUCGUAUCCCUCGCUCACGCCUCAGUACAUGCCCCUGAGUCGUAUGUCCGACCCAAGAUCCACGCCCGUGGCGAGGGUCAGACGAUACUGCGCGAAGCUCGUCACCCUUGCAUGGAAUUGCAGGACGAUGUCCAGUUUAUUACAAAUGACGUCGAGCUCUCCCGCGACAAGUCAUCAUUCCUCAUCAUCACUGGCCCCAACAUGGGUGGUAAGUCGACGUACAUCCGGCAAACGGGUGUCAUUGCACUUAUGGCUCAAGUCGGAUGUUUCGUACCAUGUGCAGAAGCCGAGUUGACUAUCUAUGACUCGAUUCUGGCACGUGUAGGUGCUAGUGAUUCACAGCUCAAAGGUGUCUCGACCUUUAUGGCCGAGAUGCUUGAGACAGCCAACAUCCUCAAAUCAGCUACCGCAGAAUCCCUGAUCAUUAUUGACGAACUCGGACGCGGCACAUCGACCUAUGACGGAUUCGGCUUGGCAUGGGCUAUCUCGGAGCACAUUAUUAAGGAGAUCGGCUGCUCUGCCAUGUUUGCCACGCACUUUCACGAGCUCACUGCCCUUGCCGACCAGUACCCGCAAGUACAGAAUCUUCAUGUAACGGCACACAUCGACGGCGCUGGCUCUGCGCCAGUCUCAGAGGCGGAUGCCAAGCGCGAGGUUACGUUGCUGUACAAGGUAGCACCGGGCGUGUGCGACCAGAGCUUCGGCAUUCACGUCGCAGAGCUCGUUCGCUUCCCGGACAAGGUGGUGCGUAUGGCCAAGCGCAAGGCGGACGAGCUCGAGGACUUCACCACCAAGCACGAGGACCUGGCUUUGCAGUACAGCAAGCAGGAUAUGGAGGAUGGUAGCGCCAUGCUCAAGCGAGUCUUGGUGGAGUGGAAGGACAAGGUCAAGGCGGGAGAUAUGAGCCGCGAGGAGCAAGUUGCUGCCUUGAAAGAGCUUGUCGGGGCAAAUGCAGACCUGCAAGCAAACCCCUUCUUUCAGUCUGUUAAGACUCUGUAA